GAGCCCCGCCCGCGCCGUUCCCCAGGUUCAAACGCGGCGGCGGGAGGCGCCGGGCAGAGCGGAACGCGGCCUUGAGGGGUCCGCUGAGGCACGUGUGGGGAGAUGUUGAAGUUUAAAUAUGGAGCGCAGAAUCCACUGGAUGCUGGUGCUGUUGAGCCCAUUACCAGCCGGGCCUCCAGGCUCAAUCUCUUCUUCCAGGGGAAACCACCCUUUAUGACUCAACAGCAGAUGUCUGCUCUUUCCAGAGAAGGGAUAUUAGAUGCCCUGUUUGUUCUCUUUGAAGAAUGCAGCCAGCCUGCUCUGAUGAAGAUUAAGCACGUGAGCAACUUUGUCCGGAAGUAUUCCGACAUCAUUGCUGAGUUACAGGAGCUCCAGCCUUCGGCAAAGGACUUUGAAGUCAAAAGUCUUGUAGGUUGUGGUCACUUUGCUGAAGUACAGGUGGUAAGAGAGAGAGCAACCGGGGACAUCUAUGCCAUGAAAAUCAUGAAGAAGAAGGCCUUGUUGGCCCAGGAACAGGUUUCAUUUUUUGAAGAAGAACAGAACAUAUUAUCUCGGAGCACAAGCCCUUGGAUCCCCCAAUUACAAUAUGCCUUUCAGGACAAAAAUAACCUUUACCUGGUCAUGGAAUAUCAGCCUGGCGGGGAUUUGCUAUCACUUUUGAAUAGAUAUGAGGACCAAUUAGAUGAAAAUAUGAUUCAGUUUUACCUAGCUGAACUGAUUUUAGCUGUUCACAGUGUUCAUCAGAUGGGAUAUGUACAUCGAGACAUCAAGCCUGAGAAUGUUCUCAUUGACCGAAUGGGACACAUCAAGCUGGUGGAUUUUGGAUCAGCUGCUAAAAUGAAUUCAAAUAAAGUGGUAAAUGCCAAGCUCCCAAUUGGAACCCCGGAUUACAUGGCUCCUGAAGUGCUGACCGCAAUGAACGGGGACGGAAAAGGAACUUACGGCCUAGACUGUGACUGGUGGUCAGUGGGAGUUAUUGCUUAUGAAAUGGCUUAUGGGAGAACCCCAUUCACAGAGGGAACCUCGGCCAGGACCUUUAAUAAUAUUAUGAAUUUCCAGCGGUUUUUGAAGUUUCCAGAUGACCCAAAAGUUAGCAGUGAAUACCUUGAUCUGAUUCAGAGUUUGUUGUGUGGCCAGAAAGAGAGAUUGAAGUUUGAGGGCCUUUGCUGCCAUCCUUUUUUCUCUAAGAUGGACUGGAAUGACAUUCGUAACUCUCCUCCCCCCUUCGUUCCCACCCUCAAGUCUGACGAUGACAUCUCCAAUUUUGAUGAACCAGAGAAGAAUUCGUGGGUUUCAUCCUCUCCGUGCCAGCUGAGCCCCUCGGGUUUCUCUGGUGAAGAACUGCCUUUUGUGGGGUUUUCGUACAGCAAGGCACUGGGGAUUCUUGGUAGAUCUGAGUCUGUUGUAUCGAGUCUGGACUCCCCUGCCAAGACUAGCUCCAUGGAAAAGAAACUUCUCAUCAAAAGCAAAGAGCUGCAAGACUCUCAGGACAAGUGUCACAAGAUGGAGCAGGAAAUGACCCGGUUACAUCGGAGAGUGUCAGAGGUGGAGGCUGUGCUUAGUCAGAAGGAGGUGGAGCUGAAGGCCUCUGAGACUCAGAGAUCCCUACUGGAGCAGGACCUUGCUACCUACAUCACAGAAUGCAGUAGCUUAAAGCGAAGUUUGGAGCAAGCACGGAUGGAGGUGUCCCAGGAGGAUGACAAAGCACUGCAGCUUCUCCAUGACAUCAGAGAGCAGAGCCGGAAGCUCCAAGAAAUCAAAGAGCAGGAAUACCAGGCUCAAGUGGAAGAAAUGAGGUUGAUGAUGAAUCAGUUGGAAGAGGACCUUGUCUCAGCCAGAAGACGGAGUGAUCUCUAUGAAUCUGAGCUGAGGGAAUCUCGGCUCGCUGCUGAAGAAUUCAAGCGGAAAGCAACAGAAUGUCAACAUAAACUGAUAAAGGCUAAAGAUCAAGGGAAACCUGAAGUAGGAGAAUAUUCCAAACUUGAGAAGAUCAAUGCUGAGCAGCAGCUCAAAAUCCAAGAGCUCCAAGAGAAGCUGGAAAAGGCAGUAAAAGCCAGCACAGAAGCCACUGAGCUGCUGCAGAAUAUCCGUCAGGCAAAGGAGCGAGCUGAGAGGGAGCUGGAGAAGCUGCAGAACCGAGAAGAUUCUUCGGAAGGCAUAAGAAAGAAGCUGGUUGAAGCUGAGGAACGCCGCCAUUCUCUGGAGAACAAGGUAAAGAGACUAGAGACCAUGGAGCGUAGAGAAAACAGACUGAAGGAUGACAUCCAGACAAAAUCCCAACAGAUCCAGCAGAUGGCUGAUAAAAUUCUGGAGCUGGAGGAGAAACACCGGGAGGCCCAAGUUUCAGCCCAGCACCUAGAAGUACACUUGAAGCAGAAAGAGCAGCACUACGAGGAGAAAAUUAAAGUGUUGGACAAUCAGAUAAAGAAGGACCUGGCUGACAAGGAAAGCCUGGAGAACCUGAUGCAGAGACACGAAGAGGAGGCCCACGAGAAGGGCAAGAUUCUCAGUGAGCAGAAGGCGAUGAUCAAUGCCAUGGAUUCCAAGAUCAGAUCCCUGGAACAGAGAAUUGUGGAACUUUCUGAAGCAAAUAAACUUGCAGCAAACAGCAGCCUCUUUACCCAAAGGAACAUGAAGGCCCAGGAAGAGAUGAUUUCAGAACUCAGGCAACAGAAAUUUUACCUGGAGACCCAGGCUGGGAAAUUGGAGGCCCAGAACCGAAAACUGGAAGAGCAGCUGGAGAAAAUCAGCCACCAAGAUCACAGUGACAAGAAUCGGCUGCUGGAGCUAGAGACAAGAUUGAGGGAGGUCAGUCUGGAGCAUGAGGAACAGAAACUGGAGCUGAAGCGCCAGCUCACAGAGCUGCAGCUGUCCCUGCAAGAGCGCGAGUCCCAGCUGACCGCCCUGCAGGCUGCCCGUGCCGCCCUGGAGAGCCAGCUUCGCCAGGCGAAGACGGAGCUGGAGGAGACGACUGCAGAAGCUGAGGAGGAGAUUCAGGCUCUCACGGCACAUAGAGAUGAAAUCCAGCGCAAAUUUGAUGCCCUUCGUAACAGCUGUACUGUCAUCACAGACCUGGAGGAGCAGCUAAAUCAGCUCACUGAAGACAAUGCUGAACUCAACAACCAAAACUUCUACUUGUCCAAACAACUCGAUGAGGCUUCAGGUGCAAAUGAUGAGAUAGUUCAGCUGCGAAGUGAAGUAGACCAUCUCCGCCGUGAGAUCACAGAGAGGGAGAUGCAGCUCACCAGCCAGAAGCAAGCACAACUCAGUGGUACUGAUUUGCAGACGAUGGAGGCUCUGAAGACCACGUGCACAAUGCUAGAAGAACAGGUUAUGGAUCUGGAGGCCCUGAAUGAUGAGCUGCUAGAAAAAGAGCGCCAGUGGGAGGCCUGGAGGAGUGUCCUCGGUGAUGAGAAGUCCCAGUUUGAGUGUCGGGUUCGAGAGUUACAGAGAAUGCUGGACACUGAGAAACAGAGCAGGGCGCGAGCCGAUCAGCGGAUCACUGAGUCUCGCCAGGUGGUGGAGUUGGCAGUGAAGGAACACAAGGCUGAGAUUCUUGCUCUGCAGCAGGCUCUCAAAGAACAGAAGCUGAAGGCUGAGAGCCUGUCUGACAAGCUCAAUGAUCUGGAAAAGAAGCAUGCCAUGCUUGAAAUGAAUGCCCGAAGCCUACAGCAGAAACUGGAGACUGAGCGAGAACUCAAACAAAGGCUUCUGGAAGAGCAAGCCAAGUUACAGCAGCAGAUGGACCUACAGAAGAACCACAUUUUCCGUCUCACUCAAGGGCUUCAAGAAGCUCUUGAUCGGGCUGAUCUGUUGAAGACAGAAAGAAGUGAUCUCGAAUAUCAGCUGGAAAAUAUUCAGGUUCUCUAUUCUCAUGAAAAGGUGAAAAUGGAAGGCACUAUUUCUCAACAAACCAAACUCAUCGAUUUUCUGCAAGCUAAAAUGGACCAACCUGCUAAAAAGAAAAAGGGUUUAUUUAGUCGACGGAAAGAGGACCCUGCUUUGCCCACACAGGUUCCUCUGCAGUACAAUGAGCUGAAGCUGGCCCUGGAGAAGGAGAAAGCUCGCUGUGCAGAGCUAGAGGAAGCCCUUCAGAAGACCCGCAUUGAGCUCCGCUCCGCCCGAGAGGAAGCUGCCCAUCGCAAAGCCACGGACCACCCUCACCCAUCUACGCCAGCCACUGCGAGGCAGCAAAUCGCCAUGUCCGCCAUUGUACGGUCACCUGAGCACCAGCCCAGUGCCAUGAGCCUGCUCGCACCACCUUCUAGCCGCAGGAAAGAGUCUUCAACUCCAGAGGAAUUUAGUCGGCGUCUUAAGGAGCGCAUGCACCACAAUAUUCCUCACCGAUUUAAUGUAGGACUGAACAUGCGAGCCACAAAGUGUGCUGUGUGUCUGGAUACUGUGCACUUUGGACGCCAGGCAUCCAAAUGUCUUGAAUGUCAGGUGAUGUGUCAUCCCAAGUGCUCCACCUGCUUGCCAGCCACCUGUGGCUUGCCUGCCGAAUAUGCCACACACUUCACUGAGGCCUUCUGCCGUGACAAAAUGAACUCCCCAGGUCUCCAGAGCAAAGAACCCAGCAGCAGCCUACACCUGGAAGGGUGGAUGAAGGUGCCCAGGAAUAAUAAACGUGGACAGCAAGGUUGGGACAGGAAAUACAUUGUGUUGGAGGGAUCAAAAGUCCUCAUUUAUGACAGUGAAGCCAGAGAAGCUGGACAGAGACCGGUGGAAGAAUUUGAGCUCUGCCUUCCUGAUGGGGACGUAUCUAUUCAUGGUGCCGUUGGUGCUUCUGAACUCGCAAACACAGCCAAAGCAGAUGUUCCAUAUAUACUGAAGAUGGAGUCUCACCCGCACACCACCUGCUGGCCUGGGAGAACCCUCUACUUGCUAGCUCCCAGCUUUCCUGACAAACAGCGCUGGGUCACCGCCUUAGAAUCAGUUGUUGCAGGUGGGAGAGUUUCUAGGGAAAAGGCAGAAGCCGAUGCUUUGGCCUGUGACUGUUUUUCCUACGAGCUUCUGCCUGCGUGUGUUCAGAAAUUGCUUGGAAACUCCCUGCUGAAACUGGAAGGUGAUGACCGGCUAGACAUGAACUGCACACUGCCCUUCAGUGAUCAGGUGGUGUUGGUGGGCACUGAGGAAGGGCUAUAUGCACUGAAUGUCUUGAAAAACUCCUUAACCCAUGUCCCAGGAAUUGGAGCAGUCUUCCAAAUAUAUAUCAUCAAGGACCUGGAGAAACUACUCAUGAUAGCAGGAGAAGAGCGGGCUCUGUGUCUGGUGGAUGUGAAGAAAGUAAAGCAGUCUCUGGCACAGUCGCACCUUCCUGCCCAGCCAGACAUCUCGCCUAACAUUUUCGAAGCUGUCAAGGGCUGCCACCUGUUUGGUGCCGGCAAGAUUGAGAACAGCCUCUGCAUCUGUGCAGCCAUGCCCAGCAAAGUUGUCAUCCUCCGCUACAAUGAAAACCUUGGCAAGUAUUGCAUUCGGAAGGAGAUAGAGACCUCAGAGCCCUGCAGCUGUAUCCACUUUACCAAUUACAGUAUCCUCAUUGGAACCAACAAAUUCUACGAAAUCGACAUGAAGCAGUACACACUGGAGGAAUUCCUAGACAAGAACGACCACUCCUUGGCCCCUGCUGUGUUUGCCUCCUCGUCCAACAGCUUCCCUGUCUCAAUCGUUCAGGUGAACAGCGCAGGGCAGCGAGAGGAGUACCUGCUGUGCUUCCACGAAUUUGGGGUAUUCGUGGAUUCUUACGGAAGACGUAGCCGCACAGAUGAUCUCAAGUGGAGUCGCUUGCCUUUGGCCUUUGCCUACAGAGAACCCUAUCUGUUUGUGACCCACUUCAACUCACUUGAAGUCAUUGAGAUCCAGGCACGCUCCUCGCUGGGGACCCCUGCCCGAGCCUAUUUGGAAAUCCCAAACCCACGCUACUUGGGUCCUGCAAUUUCCUCUGGAGCGAUUUACCUGGCCUCCUCAUACCAGGAUAAAUUAAGGGUCAUUUGCUGCAAAGGAAACCUUGUGAAGGAGUCCGGCACCGAGCACCACCGGGUUCCCUCCACCUCCCGCAGCAGCCCCAACAAGCGAGGCCCACCGACGUACAAUGAGCACAUCACCAAGCGUGUGGCCUCCAGCCCAGCACCACCGGAAGGCCCCAGCCACCCCCGAGAGCCAAGCACACCCCACCGCUACCGUGAGGGGCGAACAGAGCUGCGCAGGGACAAGUCUCCCGGCCGCCCCCUGGAGCGUGAGAAGUCCCCGGGCCGGAUGCUGAGCACGAGGAGGGAGCGGUCCCCUGGGAGGCUGUUUGAAGACAGCAGCAGGGGCCGGCUGCCUGUAGGAGCCGUGAGGACCCCGCUGUCCCAGGUUAACAAGGUCUGGGACCAGUCUUCAGUAUAAAUCUCAGCCAGAAAAACCAACUCCUCAUCUCAGUCUGCAGGAAAACACCAAACACACUAUGGAACUCCACUGCAGGGGGUCCCAGCACCUGUCCACUCGGCCACCCCAUGGCACAUCUAUACUCAGACCCAUCUCGGCACAGACAUCUCUGUCUCCAGGAGGGGCAGGUGGCCGAGGCUCUUUGGAGCAGUCAGAGCUCGGUGCCUCCUGGGCACCUUCCUGCAGUCAUCUUCUUUGCACUUUGUUACUCUUUCAAAGCAUUCAUAAACUUUUGUACCUAGCUCUAGCCUGUACCAGUUCGUCAAAGGAACCAACCAGACACCAACUAUGUGAUUAGAAUCCUAAUUAGCUACUUCAAGACCCUAGGGUUGGUUGGUUUUUCUUUUGGUUUCAUUUCUUUUCUUUUCCUAUUUUUUCUUUCUUUCCUUUUCUUUUCUUUCCUUCUCUCUCUCUUUCUUUUUUCUUUUUUUAAAAACAAGAGAAUUCUUAAUAGAUUUGAAUAGCAAUGCAUUUCCUGUUGUAGUCAUUUUUAGCUUAGAUCACACCCUCAGGUCUUUGCCACUGAAAUGUAGUGUAGAAGAGUCCCCAUCAGUUGGCUAACCCCCUGAUUAAUGUAGCUUCAUUCUUGUUCCAGUCUAUUCUCAUAGAUGGCCCUGUUUUACCCAGGGUGACAUCAUAGCCAAAUGUUUACUGUUCUCGUUGCCUUCUAUGGCCUUGAACACUUCCCCUCCCACCAGCUGAGAAUGUAUGGAGGUCAUCAGGCCUCAGCUUGGAGGCAGUGACCUGGGGCCAAGGGACCUCACUGAGCUUUCUUUCCCUGCCCCUCAGUGUCAUCCACCCAGCCUCCUGUCCCCACUGUCCAUGUGGCUUUGGCCAGGAAAGCAUGCAAUAGACUUGCUCCAGGCCCAGCAUUAAUGGGCCUUGGGGUUGGGGAGGGGACAGGGCACCUACCUCCUGUCCCCUGACAGUGUGUUGCUCCCCACUCUGGGAGGGGGAGGACACCCGUCCAGGAGCUCUGCAUGGCGGUUCACUGCAUGUGCUGUCCCCUGACCUGGCUGACCCCCUGGGUUGCUCUGCCAAUGUACUGAUACCAUCCCAUAGCUCCCGCCAAAUUGAGACCCUCUGAUGACUUGCCAACUAACUAGCCACAACAAGCUGCAGCCUGUAGCACUGAUCAAACAAAUAAAACGCUCAAGCCUUACGACCAGAGAAGGAUUUCAGCAAACCACCACCUCUCACUCAAUUUCUCCUCUGACCUUCACACUUCCCUGCUGAGUUCCCUGUGGAUGACUCCAUGUUCACACAAGAUCCAGCACGGUUCUACCCCACAAAACUGUGACUUCUCAAAUGAGCCUUUCCCUAGGGCUAGACCUAAGACCAGGACGUUGGAGAGAGAAGCCGUAGCUCAACUCUUCCAGCCCUACAGGGUUGGCAAGUCCCCCUUAGGUGCAGUGCGGCUCACCCUGUUUCUCUCUGCCCUCUUUUAGAGUGUGGGAUUCCUGGCAACUGGUUUAGAACCAACCUAGAGGCUUUGCAGUUGGCAAGCUAACUAGCGGCCUUAUUUCUGCCUUUAAUCUCCCACAAGGCCUCUCAUGCUUUGGAUUCUCCAUAACUCUUAGGCAGGCAUGCCUCAACAACCAAGGCACAUCCUAGGUAGGCUGAAAGGCAGACCUGUUUCCACCACGGCAGGUGAACGUGACUGUGUCUUCAACCCAUAUGUCCACAGUUCAGGUCACUUUCCAGAUUGCAACCUGGCCCAAAUACUGGCUCCUUCCUGCUUGUCUCUUAACCUAAGUGCUUUCUUGUUUGAAAUGCUCAUGAACCUCCAUGUCAUAGCACCUUUGGCAAGUGUCCUGCUGUUGUGUUUUAUGUGUUGCUUGGAGUCUUUGGGGUCAUAUUCCCUCCCUCCCCUCCCCCAGGGCAGAUUUGAUUGAAUGUUUGCUGAAGUUUUUGUCUCUUGGUCCACAAGUAUUUGGAAAGGUCACUGAUAAUUGGUCUUUCAGUCUUGGCAUUUCAUUUAGGAUCUCCAUGAGAAAUGGGCAUCUUGAGCCCUGAAAAUGUAUAUUGUGUGUCUCAUUUGUGAAAUGCUUCCUGCUAUAUAGAACCUAGCUCUAAAGACUGUACAUAUUUACAAGAAACUUUAUAUUCGUAAAAAAAAAAAAAAAAAGGAAAUUGAAUUGGUUUCUACUUUUUUAUUGUAAAAGGUGCAUUUUUCAACUCUUACUUUUGGUUUCAAUGGUGGUAGCUGUGGACAGCCAUCUUCUCUGGAGGGUGGAGAGCCCCAUGUGACCACCAAGAUGCCAGCAGGAGAUAUCGUAACAGGAAAUCACAGUCAAAAGCUUAUUAGCAUAAAUAAGAUUCUAGGUCUCCAAAAGUACAGGCUUUUUCUUCAUUACCUUUUUUAUUCAGAAUGAGGACGAGAACACAAGGAAUAAUUCAAGAUCCAUCUUGAGAGGAAUGAACUUUGUUGUUGAACAAUAGUGAAAUAAAGCAAUGAUCUAAAAAUG